AAGCGUAUUAUACAAUCGCAACUCGUAAUGAGAAACCACAGUUACAAAAAAAAUGGAGGAAACAUUACACAAAGAAGCAAUGGAAAGCAUAACACAGAGGCUAUCAACGGUCGAAAGUCUCUACUUCCCUCGCGCCCUUCAAUCCAACGUCUCUAAUUCCUCCCACCGCAAGUCUCUCCUUCUCGACCUUCUCUCCCGAGACGCCGCCGUUUUCCUCGAGAGAUACGGGGAGAAUUUAACAAGUGAGGAGCUUGAAAAGUUCGAUAAUUUAAAGAGUGAUUAUGAAGUGAACUGGCAUUUAAAGAAUUUAAGAAGUAAGAUUAGUCCCAGUGAUGAGGAAUUGAAGAUGAGGUCAGUGAAGGUGAAGAAUAGGAGAUUGGCUUAUUUGAAUCAGUUGAUUAGUGAUGGGAGUUAUUUUUCGGAGGAUUCGAUGAGGGAAAGAGAGCCGUAUUUGCAUCAUGAGUUUGUCGGGAAGUUUCAGGAUCGGAGUUGUAGGGUUAUGGCUAGGCCGGGGGAGCGGUGGUCCGAGACUUUGAUGAGGAGGUCUGAGGAAGCUGUGUUGGUUUCCAAGAUUAGAGCUGAACAGAUUAGGUUGGGUGUUGAUGAGAGGGAGUGGAUUGGGAAUGAAAUGAAUCGGCCAGAAGAGGAAGAAGAGGAAGAGGAGGAGGACGACGAAGAAGAGAAUGGAGUAGCUAAGGACGCUCAUGGCAGUCAUGCCAAUGAGAUGCUUGAUGCUACAAAUGUCGCCCCACCAAGCAGCGAUCAGCAUGGCAAGGAGACAACUAUUUCACUAGAAGAGAAAGAAGAUCUGAUGAAUCAGUUUACCUACAUUAUGCACCAAAAGUUUCUUGCUGGGGAAGAUAAUCAGCACUUAGACUACUCAAAAAUUGACGACAACGAGACCUUGGAUGAUCACUGGCUUAGGGAAGCCAAUGAGGAUGCCGAGGAUAAGUAUUUCGCUGAAGAUGAUGAAGAAUCUGGCGAUCAGGCUCAGAUGCAUUGACUAUACUACUAAGUGCUAAUCUUUUUAACCAUAUGUACACUUUGUAAAGACUUGCUUAUAGUACCACAGGUUUCUUGUCUUUGGAGUAUUUGAGGAUCAGUGCUACUAUCCUCACAGCAUCAAACCACUUUGCAGCUAUUCAAAUAUUGGAUGAAAAUCCCCCCAGUUUAGAGAUGAUCUCCGUCUCAUUAGUUAAAGCUGCGAUCAGGUGUGCAUUAUGGCUCUCGACCUUAUCUCUCGCAACGAACACAUUGUACAAUUUCACCUUCACAAUGCUCCAUAUGUUGGUUUAUUUCA